CUUAACGUCACUUCUGACAUUGACUAUUGACAAACAUUGAAUUGUGGUUGGAAAUAUUGCCGGUGACGUGUACGGCGAAAUUCAAACAAAUCGCUAUGCAGCCCUUCAUUUAUUUAAUUCUCGCCCUUUUUGCGAGUGUAAAAGUGCAGGGAAACACGCUUGUGUUGCUCGAAAAUCAGGUGAUUAAAGAAACCCAUUCAAUUUUCUUCAAAUCUCUGCAGGACCGAGGAUACAGCCUCACCUUCAAAAUAGCCGACGAUUCCUCCUUAGUGCUCUCAAAGUAUGGGGAGUACCUUUAUGAGAACCUCAUCAUUUUCGCCCCUUCAGUGAUUGAAUUCGGAGGCAGUUUGAACGUCGACACUAUCACUGAAUUUAUUGAUGAAGGAGGAAAUGUGCUGGUAGCUGGCAGUGAGGCCACUGGAGAUGUCUUGAGAGAACUCGCCUCAGAGGUGGGCUUUGAGGUCGAUGAGGAAGGGUCUUUUGUAAUUGACCACUUCAACGCGGAUAUAUCUGAUGAAGGGCAGCACACCAAGCUGAGAAUUAGCUCAGACAACCUCAUACGUUCUCCUGUAAUUGUCGGCCGUCUUCAGGAUGAAUUUCUGUUGUAUCAAGGAACUGGCCUCUUGGCUGACUCUGAAAACCCGCUAGUUUUGCCAAUACUAACUGCUGCAAGCACUGCUUACAGCUAUGUACCGGAUCAGCCCAUCAAAGAAUAUCCUCAUGCCAUUGGCAAAGACACGGUGCUAAUUGCUGGCCUGCAGGCGAGAAAUAAUGCUCGAGUUGUGUUCAGCGGAUCGCUGGCCUUCUUUUCUGAUGAGUAUUUCACAGGGGAAGUCGGAAAGUUAUUGCAGGGUAAGAUUAUGAAGACGCAUUCUUCUAAUCAAAAAGUAGCCACCAGCAUCAGCCAGUGGGUAUUCAGGGAACAUGGCAGGCUAAGGGUUAGUUCGGUACAACAUCACAAAGCUGGAGAAACUGCGCCGCCUCAUGACUAUACCAUUCUGGACGAUGUGGUCUACAAAAUCAAAAUAGAAAUUUACAACAACCGUGUUUGGGAACCGUUUAAUGCCACCGAUAUUCAGUUGGAAUUUGUUCGCAUAGACCCAUUCGUCCGGAUCGGACUGCAAGCAGCUGGAAAUGGUGUUUAUGAGGCUAAAUUCAAGAUUCCGGACGUGUAUGGAGUGUAUCAAUUCAAGGUGGACUACGACAGGGUGGGAUACACGCGAUUAUACAGCAGUACCCAGGUGAGUGUGAGGCCUUUAGAGCAUACCCAAUACGAGCGGUUUAUCGACUGCGCCUACCCCUACUAUACGGGCGCGUUUUCGAUGAUGUUCGGCGUGUUUGUGUUUUCCAUUGUAUUCUUACAUUUGAAGGAAGACGACAAAAAGUCUAAGAAAGAGUAAUUUUGUACAUGUGAAUUCUUGAAGUACAAAGAUAUUUUUGUUUUUAAUGUAAAUUAAUAAGAAAUAUUGUAAAGGAUUUGUUCCUUUUUUAAUUUGAAAUAAAGCCAAUUUGUUUACGA